GCGCCACAGACACAGUCCACAUUUCCAGAGGAGAGCGACACUCAGUCCCCCUCCAACAUUUUCUGUCGAGCUCGGGUAACAAAACAAGCGGAGCAGGACUCGUCCCGCUCUCCGGGAUAGAUUAUCAGGUUAUUCCCAGGACUUGGUUUGCUCUUUAUUCUCCCGGACGUCACCUCACGCACAUAUAGCUCAUAGGAUAUAAGUUAUUUACAGUAGCACCACCGGAAAUCCUGGAAGAUGGGUUCAGUCCCGGCGAUAUCUGUCCUUAUUUUGGGCAUUGUGGUGCCAGCGCUGGCCGGCUAUAUCGAGGCACUAGCAGCCAAUGCAGGCACGGGGUUUGCCGUGGCUGAGCCACAGGUGGCGAUGUUCUGCGGAAAGCUCAACAUGCACGUCAACAUUCAGACCGGCCGCUGGGAACCCGACCCAUCUGGAACCAAGAGCUGUGUAGGAACCAAAGAGGGUGUGCUGCAGUACUGCCAGGAGAUGUAUCCCGAGCUCCAAAUUACAAACGUGGUGGAAGCCAACCAGCCCAUUCGUAUUGAGAACUGGUGCAAGAAGGAGAAGAAGGUGUGCAAAGGCCACGCCCAUAUAGUGGUGCCUUACAAAUGUUUGGUGGGCGAGUUCGUGAGUGACGUGCUUCUGGUCCCAGAGAAGUGCAAGUUCUUCCAUAAGGAGCGUAUGGACAUGUGCGUCAGCCAUCAGCAGUGGCACGGUGUGGCCAAAGAGGCCUGUGCCAAGAGCUCCAUGGUGCUGCACAGCUACGGCAUGCUGCUGCCCUGUGGCAUUGACAAGUUCCACGGCACAGAGUACGUGUGCUGCCCCUCCUCUCGCGCCGGGGAGUCCGCCCCGCCUUCCCUGCCCUCACAGGAGGACGACGAAGAGGAAGAGAUAGAGGAUGAGGAGAUCGACGAGGCCGACCUGGAUGAGGAGGAUGCUGUGGAGGACAGUGAAACACCAGCUGACGAGCAGCCCACACAGAAGGAGGAGCCAGUGGAUGAGGACGAGGAUGAGGAGGAGGAAGAUGAGGAGGAGUACCACUAUGUCUAUGAGGAUGAGGAAGCUGAUAAGGAGGAUGAGGAUGAGAAGACAGAGGCCAACAAAAUGUCAGAGAGCCAAGAUGAAGACAAGACUCUGCAGGAAGUGAAAGCGGUGUGCACCCUGGAGGCUGAGACCGGCCCCUGCCGUGCCUCCAUGCCCCGCUGGCACUUCGACAUGAGCCAGGGGAAGUGCGUGCGCUUCAUAUACGGGGGCUGUGCCGGCAACCGCAACAAUUUCGACUCAGAGGAGUACUGCAUGGCCGUGUGCAAGCGCCUGACCGUGCCCCCGACCGCUCAGAUCGCCGAUGAUGUUGACAUUUACUUUGAGACCCCAGCCGACGACAAGGAGCACAGUCGCUUCCAGAGGGCCAAGGAGCAGCUGGAGAUCAGGCACCGCAAUCGCAUGGAAAGGGUAAGAAAGGAAUGGGAAGAGGCUGAUCGCCAGGCUAAGAACCUGCCCAAGGCUGAGAGGCAGACACUGAUCCAGCAUUUCCAAGCCAUGGUGGAGUCCCUGGAGGAGGAGGCAGCCAGUGAGAAGCAGCAGCUGGUGGAGACUCACCUCGCCCGCGUGGAGGCCAUGCUGAAUGACCGACGCCGUCUGGCCCUGGAGAACUACCUGGCUGCCCUGCAGGCCGACCCCCCCAGGCCCCACCGCAUCCUGCAAGCCCUGAGGCGCUACGUCCGUGCUGAGAACAAGGACCGCCAGCACACCAUCCGACACUACCAGCACGUCCUGGCCGUGGAUCCCGAGAAGGCUGCUCAGAUGAAGUCACAGGUGAUGACCCACCUGCGUGUGAUCGAGGAGAGGAUGAACCAGAGUUUAUCUCUGCUCUACAAAGUACCUUAUGUGGCCGACGAGAUUCAGGAUGAAAUUGACGAGCUACUCCAGGAGCAGAAAGCCGACAUGGACCAGUUCCUGUCGUCUAUCUCUGAGUCGCAGCCAGACGUCACCGUGUCAUCAGAGGAGAGCGUGGAAGUCCCGGUGUCUGAGGGCAAGCCCUACCGGCCCUUCCAGGUCACAUCCCUGGGGUCCCGCUUAGAGCCAGAGGGCGAUCUAUCAGACUCCCCACGUGCCUUCAAGAAAGGCUCCGCCAUGUCUGGUUUGGACGGUCUGAUAGGCGCCGAGGAGAGAAUCAUCAACAGCAAACCCAAGAUCAGCGACAAUGUGGUGAUUGAUGAGUCUCUGGAUGUUAAAGAAGUGGUUUACAGUGCAGAGAGAGUCAGCGUUAUGCAUGAUGAUGAGCUGGAGUCUUACCGGCCCCUGGGAGAGGACUUCAGCUUUGGCAGCAGUGCACUGAUUGGCUUGCUGGUGAUUGCGGUGGCCAUAGCAACUGUGAUUGUGAUCAGUCUGGUGCUUUUGAGGAAGAGGCAAUACGGCACCAUCAGUCAUGGCAUUGUGGAGGUUGACCCCAUGCUGACACCAGAGGAACGUCACCUCAGCAAGAUGCAGAACCACGGCUAUGAAAACCCCACCUACAAAUACCUGGAGCAGAUGCAGAUCUAACCAGAGCCUACAGGGGGUGCAGUGGAGGACGGCAACCUAGGGGGAACAUACUACUGACCAAUAACACAUGAUGCUAUUGUUACAAUUAUUUGCAUACAUCCAAACUCCAUUUACUGGUUUGUUCAAAACAAUCCUUAAAUAAUGCUACUACUUCUACUACUGCUACUAUUGUACUAUAGAGCUCUUUUUGAUCAUGUUUCUUUUGAAAAGGUGAUGUAUCUGCCAUUUUUGCAUUACAGAAAAUGUGAUUCUGCAGAUUUCUCUGUAAUUAUCAAUACAGCUAUCUCAGAUCAAGAUGUACAACAUUUCUUCAGACAUUUUCUUUAUUUUUGAAAGUGAAAGGCAAAUCAAGCAAACUUUAAACAUUUUUGAGUAGCCAUCAUCAAACCGGCACAUGCCAGACACUACACGUCAGUUUCCCAUCAUGCCAAGUGUCAUCCAAGCAGUUUCUGAUGGUUUUCUCAAAAUGAAUUGGUGUUUUAUUUUGUUCUUUUUCCUCUCAAUAGAUUGCUUGUAUAUGAAGGUUCUUUGUACCAAUUAAAAUGUAUAGUGAAACAACAAAUGAGAAAAAAAUGAAAUCAUGAAUUAUUUACUUUCUGUUCUUUGUUAUGAUAACAGACAAAAUAUACAUAUACAGUUUAAAUAUAUAUAAGAGUAGAUGUUUUUAUUCCACCUUAUUUUCCCAGGGAAGAGGUCAUGAGUUUGUUUAGGGUUCUUAGCUUGGUGGUUAUGAGUUGCGUUUGCAGGCACACUGUUAGAAAGAGUCGGGGAAGGUGAGGGUGUGCACAGGCCCCCAGCUCAAACACAUCGUACAGAACCUCCUCUGAAACCUUACUAAGUGAAUGUGAUAACAUAUCCCCUCCUACACACACAAAAACAACCUUUCAUUAAUAGGGAAACAGUAUAAAUCGAUAGAUUGAGUAAUGCCUAUUGACAUGUGUUACAUAGUUGAAUGUAUUUUGGAAGCUUUUUUUCCAUACUAUGUAUCUGACAGGUUCCCUUGUGGCUUUUAUUUCAGUGCUGUGUCACAUACAUUGUGACGGUGAGCGAUGACAUGCCACAAACUGACAAAUAAGGGUUUUUUUUUUGUUUGUUUGUUUGUUUGUUGUUUUUUGGGUUUUGUUUUGGGAGGGGGGGGUGUUUGUUAUUUUUUGUACAAAUUAUCUGAAGCAAAAACCAAUAGCCAGAAAAGUUAGUGUUGAAAACAAAUUUGGGGAUGAUGUCCACACAUUAUUGGAGGAACUGUUAGCUUUGCUGGUCAUAAAGCGUACAACAGUCUGACAGAUCAAAACAGGGCCGGCCCAGAGGCACAAACCCAAUAAGCAGCUGCUUAGUGUCCAUCGGGAACCAGAGGGUCCCCAAAUGAAGUGAAAAUGUACACAGUUUGUUAGAUUUAGGGGUGCUACAGCUAAUAAAUGGGAUCACAACAAUUUUUCUAAACCUGACUACACCAAAUUUGAGGAUUGCAACAAAUAAUUUGGGGUGGUACUAAAGCUAAUUUUGGGAUUUGUGGGAGUUGAAAGAAUUUUUGCAAUCCAGGUUUUGGGAACUGGGUACCCAGAAAGGCUUGGGCCGGCCCUGGAUGAAAGCCACUUGAAGACAACCAGGAGCUGGAGGGCUGUGCAGGCAGACAGAGACACACAGAAAGACAAGGCUUGGAGAGCUGGUUUCUGAAAAAAGCUAACUUGUGUAUAUUUACAGGUUGAGAAUGACACAAACAAGUAAACUGAAUCCUUGAGUCCUCUUCUCUCUUUCUCUUUCUCUUUCUCUUUCUCUCUCUCUCUCUCUCUCUCUCUCUCUCUCUCUCUCUCUCUCUCUCUCUCUCUCUCUCUCUCUCUCUCUCUCUCUCCCUCUCUCUCUUAGUAUUGUCUUUGUAUGCCUGUAUAGUUGAUGUUGCAAUCAUGGCUUUUUUCCGGAGGAUUACCUGUGGUGUGCAUUGUUCUUAUAUGAAAUGAUAUGAUAUAUAUUUUUAAGUUUGUUCUCUUGUUUUCUAUUUUUUCUCUUCCUGUGACAGUAUCUCUGUAUGUGACUGUCUCACUAUGCACCCAAAUGGCUUCAAUCUUGUAACUGCCUGCUUGAUUGUGGGAGGGGACUGGGAACUAAUAUAAUAUAUGCAUAUUAGUGAUUUUUAAAAAAAAAAAUGUUUGACACCAAUGGAAACAGAUUCAUGGUUACAGGGGGGAUACACAUCAAUAAACUCACAACUUCCA